CAUCUGAAGGGAUAUCGGAAGACGGUCCCCCACGGGCGUCCUCGGCCUGCAGCCCAGAGAUCCCAGCUAGCCCGAGCCCUUGCCCUCUCCCCACCUGCAGGCCCCUCACAGUGGCACAAGCUGUAUCCCAUUGCCCAGGGAGACCGCCAGUCACCAAUCAAUAUUGUGUCCAGCCAGGCUGUGUACUCGCCCAGCCUGAAGCCACUGGAGCUUUCCUAUGAGGCCUGCAUAUCCCUCAGCAUCGCCAACAAUGGCCACUCUGUCCAGGUGGAUUUCAAUGACAGCGAUGACCGAACUGUGGUGACUGGGGGGCCCCUGGAUGGGCCGUAUCGGCUCAAGCAGCUCCAUUUCCACUGGGGCAAGAAGCACAGUGUGGGCUCAGAGCACACGGUAGAUGGCAAGUCAUUCCCCAGCGAGCUGCACCUUGUUCAUUGGAACGCCAAGAAGUACAGCACCUUUGGGGAGGCAGCCUCAGCACCUGAUGGCCUGGCUGUGGUCGGUGUCUUCUUGGAGACAGGGGAUGAGCACCCCAGCAUGAACCGUCUGACAGAUGCGCUCUAUAUGGUUCGGUUUAAGGGAACCAAAGCCCAGUUCAGCUGCUUCAACCCGAAGUGCCUCCUGCCUGCCAGCCGGCACUACUGGACCUAUCCGGGCUCCCUGACGACACCCCCACUGAGUGAGAGCGUCACCUGGAUUGUGCUCCGGGAACCUAUCAGCAUCUCCGAGAGGCAGAUGGAGAAGUUCCGGAGCCUGCUUUUCACCUCAGAGGAUGAUGAGAGGAUCCACAUGGUGAACAACUUCCGGCCGCCACAGCCACUGAAGGGCCGUGUGGUCAAGGCCUCCUUCCGGGCCUGAGCCGCCUGCCUGCCCAGCCGGCCACUAGAGCACCAUUUUCCCAAGGGCUUCCAUGUCAGCAGACACCAAACCAUCCGAGGCUCCCUGCCUGGGGGGUGCUGUGGACCACCCCCUUCAGCUGGCUUGCUCCUUGGCCACCCUGGAGGAUUCUUGAUGGGACCCUCAAGUCAGGGGACACCCUUCAGCUGGGGACAGGAAGGACAGGAGCUGAGCAUGGUCCAAGCCUAAGGCUGCCUCUGCUCUCCAAGACCCAAAGGCCCCUGGGAAUCUCCUCCCGUCUUGCCCCACUGGCAGCAGCAGCAGCCCCACCCUGAGCUCACACUGUGAUGGACGAGACCCAGCUCUCUGGGGCAGGCACCUGGCAUUGCCAGGAAGACUCAAGCAAUAAUUAGAGGGGGGCAGGGCUGCCCUCUCGGCGUUACCUCUUUUGCAGGCCUCUGCCAUGCACGCACCUCACUGCCGGGCCAUUAAAAUCAGCACCCAGCCUGCUGGAGAUGACAUGGCCUUUUCCCUCCAGCCACCUGCUGCCCUGGGCAGACACUGGCUACAGCUUCUGGAGUAUCUUCCCUCAUCCCCACCCAGCCACCAAAGCCACCUACAUGACAAUCCAUCCAUGCAAAGAUUAAUAAACUCAUUUAUUCAUGGAACAAAUACCCACCGAGUGCCUGUGCUGUAUCAAGGACUGUUCUAGGCACUGGAGGAACUGACGGUGAUGAGUCAAGCAGAGUAUGUGGGGAGGGACAAGGGUACUGAGCGGGUGAGGGUUACAGAGAGAGCAGGGCAGGGGCCAUGGGAGCAGAGAAAAGGGGGAGGGCCUACCUCAUCUGGUGAAGAAAAUUAAAUUCCAGCCAGUAUUCCAAGGCAGAGAGAAGGGACCAAAAAGUUUGAAGCCAAGGGGAAGCAGGUGUGCAAGCCUAAAGGCGAGAGAGAGCCCAGAGUGUGGAGCUGAAAAGGACCAGGGAUGCUGGAGCCCUGGGGGAGAGGCUGGGACUCUCCCGAGGCUAAUGGGGAGUCACGAAGAGUCUGGGGUAGAGGCGGGGCAGAGCCCCAUGUGCAAUGGAGGAAGAUCCCUGGGGGGUGGGGAUGAGCAGGCAGGAGUGGCAGCAGGGAGGAGGCAGGGGCCAGUGGCCCGGAAAAAGGGGACAGGAUGGUAGAGGUAAGGAGCAGCGGGGCUGGAUGAGAUAAGUUUAGGAGGUGCAGCCCAAAGAUAGGGUUUGGCUAUCAGGGAAGGAAAGAGGAUCCAAGUACCUGGGCCUCCACCCGGACUGGGGAGCCUGGGCAGGAGCUGACCAGGGUGGACGCAGCACUCACAGGGCCUGGGAGGGGAGUGCUAGGAAUUAGUGGGAUGUUGCGGUCUUAGCCAGGGGAGAGGUAAAGGGUUGGGCUGCUUUGGCGUAUCUUAAUUCAAGGUGAUAGUGAGGUCUAGGGGCUAGAGGGGAGGGGUACACAGGAAAGAGGGGGCCCAGGAUGUCCAGAGGAGGAAAAGCAGGGAACCUUAAGCAGGAGCUGCUGAGAAGUGGGAGAAAAGCCACAGAAUAGGGUCCAAAACACCAGGGGAAAGGGACCCACUGGGGGCUGCUGAGGAGUCUGAGGCAGGGCUGGGGCCAGGAUGAGGCAUGCAUGCUCAGGCCCGACCCUGCAUUUAUAGGAGCCUGAGAGUGGGUGCCUCCUUAAGUUUGCACCCUAAGUGCCUCCUUGCCUCGCCUCAGUCCAGCCCAAAUCUGGAAGGCUCCCUAAGGAAAGCACACAGGUGGGUUUAGAGACCCCGCUCACUGUAACCCAGAUAGAGGGGCAGGGGCAGGCAGCAGACAGCCAGGGGGCUAAGGCCUGAGGGGAGGUGACAACUGGGACAGCAAAUUUCAAGCAGAGAGAUACAUUCCUGAGGGGUGCUGGGUCAGGGCCUUUGCAGAGAUGGGAGGUGGCCUGUCUGAACACCCUUAGGAGGGAGGCUGAGCUGCAGAGACUAGGGGGGCUGGCGGUGCCUCUCUCUGCUCACUUCACCAUGGCUCCUGUCAUUGUCACUAUUUCCAGAAGGGCACUCCUGGGUUAUGCAGUACUUCUGGACUUUGGAUGAAGCCAUAAGGAGAGGGAAGAAUUGGGUCUGAGACUUUUAGCUUCGAGCCAAGGAUGCGGGGAAGGGAGAGGCUUGUUCAGUUGGCCCCUCUCACUCCCAUGCUCAGGACCAAUCUGUCUCCCGAGCGGGCUGAGGUUGGGGGACAGAAGGGACAGGGCCCCUCGAUGGGAGGCCAGGCACAGCUUUGCCCCUGCAGGCGCCCCUGGCCUGAUAUAAAGGGCCAUUUUCUGCCUCAGUGUUUCGGGAGACCUUAGGAAGGGUGGUGUCUCGAGGACAGUUUUGCUCAGCUUGAAGGCAGGCAGCGGCAGAGAAGUAAUGCUAGGAAAGCUGCCUCUGAAGGCAGGCCAAGGGCCAGGGGCAGAUGUCUGACUCUCUCCUUA